UGUUUGAGCAGCUGUUUUCUAUUUACACAAUUAACUGAAGCAAACAAAAGUUCUAGCCAUAUUAAAACAUAUUUAUUCCGUUUAAGUAAGACGAUAUACGGAAUAGCUGAUAUGCCAAAGGUGCGGCGAAGUCGAAAGCCGCCGCCAGAUGGCUGGGAGCUGAUAGAGCCCACACUGGAGGAGUUGGAACAGAAAAUGCGGGAAGCCGAAACUGAACCACAUGAAGGCAAACGCAUCUCGGAAUCGCUAUGGCCCAUAUUCAAGAUCCACCACCAGAAAACGCGCUACAUCUACGACCUGUUCUACCGCCGUAAGGCUAUCAGUCGGGAGCUCUACAACUAUUGCCUGCGGGAGAAGAUUGCCGACAGCAAUCUUAUAGCAAAAUGGAAGAAAUCCGGCUACGAAAACCUCUGUUGCCUGCGCUGCAUACAGACGCGCGACACCAACUUUGGCACCAAUUGCAUAUGUCGUGUGCCCAAAUCCAAGCUCGAGGAAGGACGCAUUGUGGAAUGUGUGCAUUGCGGCUGCCGCGGUUGUUCGGGCUAAUACCCGUCCGUCCAGCCACCUGUAGAAUUUAGCAUACAAUUUUUUUUAUACGAAUGUUGUGGCUGUUUUAGACAUAAGUUAUGCUCCGAUGGCCCAUAGCUAAUCCCACUGUUAGACAGGGACAGAGAGAGAGAGCUAGGCAUUGUAAGCUAAAAAAAAAUAAACGUACAAUUUAUAGGAUUUUGUAAAUGGUGA